GAGAGAGCGGGGCGCACAGAAGGAGGAAGAGCGCGGCCGCCGCGGUGCCGAGCGAGCAGCACCGAGCGGGGGGCGGCCCGUGGGACGGACACCGAGGGCAUCGCGGUGGGCACUGCGUGACCCCGAGCUGCCGCCCCGAUGGGGCCGGUGUGACCCACCGGCGGAAGCCCAGCAGCCUCACGGCCCCGCUCCCGCUCGGCUGAACCCCAAAAGCUCAGCUCGCUGCCCGCAGCACCCCACAGGAGCCACGGGAGCCCCGCAGGGCGUCUGAGGGGGACGGCUGGAGGCUCCGUGAUGAGGAUCAUCCGGACCCCCAGCCUCCCCCAGCUGCCCUACCGGUACUCCUGCCACGCUGCCCGGCCGCAGGGCACCCUGUCCCCAUGAGCAUCACCUCGGUGGCUCCCUGUCACCCGCCGGGACCUGCAGCCAGCGCCACGCUCGAGUGCCGGGGAUCCGGUGUCCCCACGCCACCCCCUCCUACACCCGCCCCAGCAGCCCCCGUGACUGCCAGCGGCCCCUGCUGAGCUGGAUGUGGCUCUGGGACGGGGACACGGCUCGGCAGGAUGGCGGCAGCACGGUGGUACCACCGCGACAUCAGCCAGGUGGUGGCCGAGGAGCUGCUGGCCAAGACUGGGCGGGACGGCUCCUUCCUGGUGCGGGACAGCGAGUCGGUGAAGGGGGCAUAUGCCCUGUGCCUCCUGUUCCAGAGGCACGUCUACACCUACCGCAUCCUCCCCGAUGAGGAGGGGCUGCUCUCCGUGCAGACCAUCCAGGGCAUCCAAGCCAAGUGUUUCCGCACCCUCCCCGACCUGAUCGGUGCCUACCAGCACCCCAACAACGGGCUGGUGGCCCCCCUGCUGCACCCUGUGCACCGCCCGCGGCCGGAGGAGGACUCGGACGGGGAAGAUGCCCGAGGCUGGGGGCACACAGUGUCGUGUCCCGGCGCUCCCCGCUCCAGCCGAACCCACAUCCCGCAGCAGCUGCACCAGAGGCUGCAGGAGCAGGUCCACUGCAGCCCGGCCAGUGACUUCAUGGGCUUCAUGGCCGAGUACCUGACCCACCACGUGCACGACCUGGAGGCUCUGUGCCACGGGCACCCUCAGCUGCGGCACUUCAGCACCGCGCUCGCCACUGCCUGUCGGGCACUGCACAGCGAGAUCGACUUCACGCUGGCGGGUCUGGAGACUCUGGCCAGGGUGUUCGACUCCCCUGUGUCCCCACGCAGCCCGGCCAGGGAGCAGGGCUUCCUGAACAGCGACCCAGACCUGGAGCUGCUCCUCAACAAGAUCUCCACUGUCAACCACCUCCUCUCUUCGCUGGAGAAGAAGGUGCUGAAGUCACUGCAGGAGACGGUGACAAGGCACAACCUGGCAUUGCCCAGCGUGGCCAUGGCCCCCCUGCCAGCUGCCAGGCCCCUGGCCGAGCAGAACUUCGAGGUGAAGGUGGGCAAGUCACAGCGUGCGGCCCUGACGGUGGAUGUGGAGUCGGGGACCGUGACUGUCACCAAGCGAGGCAGUGGGUCCCCAGAGGAGGUGAUCCCACAGGAUAAAAUCCUGCAGCUGAUCAAAUACCAGAGUGUGCAGAGCAAGGUGAGGCUGGUGUGUGCCCGUGAGAGCCAGAAGAGCCUGAGCAGGGACUUCAUCUUCCCCAACGCGCGGAAGCGAGAGGCUUUUUGCCAGCUGCUGCAGCUGAUGAAGAUCCAGCAUUCCAACCUGGAUGAGCCUGAGAUCAUCUCGGUCUAUGUCGGGACAUGGAAUAUGGGCAGCACGCCCCCACCCCGCUCCCUGGCCUCCUGGCUGACCUCGAGGGGCUUGGGGCGCACACAGGACGAGACCACAGCCUGCAUCCCCCACGACAUCUACGUCAUCGGCACCCAGGAGAACUCCCUGGGCGACCGCGAGUGGGUUGAAUUCCUCUGCGCCUCCCUCAAGACCCUCAUGGCCAUCGACUACCGAGUGGUAACGGCGGGCACAGCAGCCCCUGGCAGGCCUGGGGGGCUGGGAACCAGCAGCCAUCGCCCUACAGCUCCUCCCCCACCCCAAAUCAGCCCAGGGAAGAUCCUGUGCCCCACAGCCUCCACGAGUGCUGUCCCCAGGAGUCAGGGUCAUGCUGACCUACCUGUGUGUCCAGCCCCAUUCCUGGCUGUGGGGCAGGAUGGGGGGCAGGCAGUGACCCCUGCCCCACCACAGGUGGCCCUGCAGUGCCUGUGGAGCAUCAAGAUCGUGGUGCUGGUGAAGCCAGAGCACCAGCGGCGCAUCAGCCACGUCCACACCUCCAGCGUGAAAACUGGGAUUGCCAACACGCUGGGGAACAAGGGAGCUGUGGGCGUCUCCUUCCUUUUCAAUGGGACGUCCUUCGGCUUCGUCAACUGCCACCUGGCCUCUGGCAGCGAGAAAACCCACAGGCGUAACCAGAACUACAGUGACAUCCUGCACUCCCUGGCCCUGGGGGACAAACGUCUGGGGGGCUUCGACCUCACCCUGCGCUUCACCCACCUCUUCUGGUUCGGGGACCUCAACUACCGCCUGGACAUGGAUGUGCAGGACAUCCUCACCCACAUCGUCAAGAAGGAGUUUCAAGCCCUCCUGGUUGUUGACCAGCUCAACAUGGAGCGGGAGAAGAACAAGGUGUUCCUACGGUUCAGUGAGGGUGACAUCUCCUUCCCUCCCACGUACCGGUACGAGCGGGGCACCCGGGACACCUACGUGUGGCAGAAGUCCAAGCCCACAGGGAUGAGGAUCAAUGUGCCCUCGUGGUGUGACCGCAUCCUGUGGAAGUCACACCCAGAGACCCACGUGGUCUGUAACUCCUACGGCUGCACCGAUGACAUCGUGACCAGUGAUCACUCACCUGUCUUUGCCACCUUUGAGGUGGGAGUGACGUCGCAGUUUGUGCCCAAGGAGGCUCCUGGCUCUGGCCCAGAGGCACUGGCCUGCAUUGAGUGGGAGAGCAUUGAGGUGAUCCUGAAAACCACCAGCCACAGCAAGUGCUACAUCGAGUUCCACUCCUACUGCCUGGAGGAGGUGCAGCGGAGCGGGGAGAACACCUUCCAGAACUGUGACAUCCCUGGGUUCCUCAAGCUGGGCUGGUCCUCCAAGCAUCUGCCUGUGCUGAACCCCAUCCUGCCUGACCUGGAGUACCUGGGGGACCAGCACCUGCUCCUCAGCAUCAAGGGCGUGGAGAGCUGCGAGUCCUACGGCGAGUGCUGCCUCGCCCUGAGGUCAGCGAUCAGCACCACGGCUCAGCAGUUCGAGACGUUCCUGUUCCACCGUGGGGAGGAGACAGGCUCCGUGCGCGGCUGGAUGCGGGUCCGGGUCCCCCGGGGCCGGAGCGGCACCCGCGAGAGGCUCUACGAGUGGAUCAGCUUUGAGGAGGAGGAUGCUGAGCCGGCGGCAGAGCCCCCGACGUGUCCCAAGCCACCCCCGCAGCGCCUCAGGAGCCGCCCCCGCAGCCUCCCGGAGCCGGCCACGGGCUACACCAACCCUGCCUACUUCAUCUUCGAGGGAGUGCCCAACGCGUGGCUCCCGGCCCCCGGAGAAGCCCCCAGGAAACAGGCAGAGGGCCCGGCCGGGGGCCAGCGCUGCCGGAGCCCCGCUGGACGGCGAGUCCCGUUGCCCUCAGAGGAGGAGUCGUGGUGUGGCCGGCCCCGCUGUGGGCCACUGAGCCCGUCCCCUGGGCAUCCCCUCAGCCCCCCGAGAGCGGGCCACCACAAGAGACCCAAGUCGGCUGUCCUGACGAGGGAUGCGCUGGGGCUGGGCGACUGCUCGCUGUAUCUGGCCACUCACCUGAGCCAGCUGGAGCAGGUGUCCCCGCAGUGCAGGGGGGACAGGCAGGAGCUCCCACGGCGGCAGACACAGCACGCCUUGGAGCCGCCACCGCGGCCCUCUCGGGAGGCGCCGAGGCCGCUCGGGAAGCGGGGAGCGUUCGGUGCCUUGGACCUGGAGGCUCAGCCUGCUCCUCCCGCCGACCUGCAGCCUGCCAGGAUGUAGCGACAGCUGUGCCCGGCCCUGCGCACCCUGGUGCCCUCGCAGCUGCUCCCUCCUGCCCAGCCCUGCUCAGACGGUGUUCCCGGAGGAAUUUCCCUUUGCUUCCCUUUGCUCUCACUCUCCAGAAUAAAUCGUCAGGGACUGGG